AUGAGAAAACCUAUAUCAAAGACCUCCCGCAAGCAAAAGGAACUUUCGGAGCUCCAAGAAAUCGAGCUUCUGAAAUCAUGGAUUGAAUCCCAGCAACCCGAAUGUGGCUCCAACCCCAUGUCUCUUCCUCCUUUGCCCUCCGACGCCCCCGUCGGCCGCGUCGGCCCCACAAUCUUCUCGUGCUACGCCGGCGCCACCAGGUUCGACCAGUUGCCCAUCUCUAAGAAGACCAAGGACGCCUUACGCCAAUCCAAGUACAUCGAAAUGACCGAUAUUCAGAAGGCGUCUUUGCCCCACGCUCUAUGUGGCAGAGAUAUUCUUGGUGCCGCCAAGACUGGCUCGGGAAAGACUCUGGCUUUUGUUAUACCGCUUGUGGAAAAAUUGUAUAGAGAGAGAUGGUGUCCUCAGGAUGGGGUAGGCAGCAUCAUACUGUCUCCAACAAGGGAAAUAGCUAGUCAAACUUUUGAUGUGUUAAAAGCGGUUGGGAAGCACCAUAAUUUUAGUGCUGGCCUCCUAAUUGGUGGUCGCAGAGAUGUUGAAGCAGAGAAGGAGCGCGUAAAUGAGCUGAACAUACUGGUUUGCACUCCUGGCCGGCUUCUUCAGCACAUGGAUGAAACUCCAAAUUUUGAUUGUUCACAGCUUCAGGUUUUGGUCCUUGAUGAGGCGGACCGUUGUCUUGAUUCGGGAUUUGAGGCGACGCUGAAUGCAAUCAUUUCACAGCUACCCAACAGAAGACAAACCUUUCUGUUCUCAGCAACUCAAACAAAGUCGGUUCAACAUCUUGCAAGACUCAGUUUGAAGGAUCCAGAGUAUCUCAGUGUGCAUGAGAAGUCAGUGACAGCCACUCCUAAGAAUUUGCAGCAAAUGGCAAUCAUCGUUCCUCUUGACCAAAAGUUAGACCUGCUGUGGAGCUUCAUAAAGACACACCUAAAUUCUAGGAUUUUAGUGUUUCUAUCAACCCGAAAACAGGUAAAAUUUGUCUUUGAAGCAUUUAAAAAGCUCCGUCCGGGAACACCCUUGAAGUGUCUUCAUGGUAAGAUGAAGCAAGAGGGACGAAUGGGAACAUACUCACAGUUUACUGAAAAGCAUUCAGUUCUCUUCUCGACUGAUGUGGCUUCGAGAGGCCUUGAUUUCAACAAGGCAGUUGACUGGGUUGUUCAGGUGGAUUGUCCAGAAGAUGUUGCAUCUUACAUACAUAGAGUUGGCCGAACUGCUCGCUAUGAUUCUUCUGGGCGAUCAGUUUUAUUCCUGACGCCUUCAGAAGAAAAAAUGCUUGAUAAAUUACAAGCAGCAAAAAUACCCAUAAAGAAAUUAAAGCAUAAUGAGGGACGAAUGCAACCGGUGUCUGGGUUGUUAGCAGCUUUGCUGGUCAAGUACCCGGAUACGCUUCAGGGUCUGGCUAAAAGGGCCUUUAUCACGUAUCUGAAGUCGGUUCACAAUCAGAAGGACAAAGAGAUUUUUGAUGUUAUGAAACUACCAAUUGAUGAAUUUUCAGCAUCAAUAGGUCUACCAAUGACCCCCAAAAUCCGUUUUUUAAACACGAAAAUCAAGUCAAAGAAAGUGUCCAAACUAUCUCCCAUUGUUGAACCAGAAAUUUUGGACACGGAGAAUGAAUUGGAGCUUCCUAAAGAAGAGCUUGAUAUUGGUGAUUUUAAGGAAGAGGGGGAGAAAGAUGCUCUUCUAACAAAUGAUAGAGAAAAUGAAGCAGAGGAGGAAGGAAGAAAAAUUGGAGAUCUUAUACCGGCAACUCGGAUUUCAAAGAAAAAGAAGUUAAAGAUCAAUAUCAAUAGGCCAGUGGGAACUAGAGUUGUCUUUGAUGAGGAAGGCAACAUGCAACCGCCACUAGCGAAGCUGGCUGACACCAAAAAUGUCAGUGGCCUGCUUGAUCAGAUUGAAGACAAGAAAACCGAAUAUUAUAAGAAGCUUAGAGAAGAUUUGAAGAAGGUGGACAAGGAAGACAAGGAUUUGGACCGCCAGCGUCGCCGUGAAAAACGAAUGAAGGAUAAGUUGAAGCAGAAGAGAGGAAAUAUAGAAGAAGAGGAGGAUGAUGAUCUUUCUGAUUCAGAAGGAGAGCCAUCUGAGGAUCGACCCCACAAGAGGUCAAAGAUAUACUUUGAUAGUGAUGAUGAGGGUGAGAGAGAAGAAAGUAAGAAUAAACUGGGGUUCAAGCCUGACUCGGUAUCUUUAGCGGAACAAGAAGCUUUGGCUCUCAAAUUGUUAAGUUCCAUGCACUCAUAA